AUGCCACUCUUCCGCAAGAAACCCAAGUCUCCCCCCACCAACUCACCCGCAUUCCGAUCUGUCGAGCAUCUUCCCCAACUGACCGACCGCCGCGGUUCUUCCGUCUCCACCGCCAUUCCUGCUGCUGUCGCUGCUCAUCCUCAUCCUCAUCCACCUUCUCAUCCUCAGCCUCAGCCUCCUCCUGUCCCGGCUCCUCCUCCUCCCUACCAUCAUCCCGCUCACUCGCCCUCCCAGUCGUCGCUGCAUCGCUCGCAGAGUCAACGCCAUUCCCGCAGCGACCCCGCCGUUGGCAUUCCUGCCUCGCCCUCCGCGCCGCAGCAGCGCUUCGAGGUGGACCCGUCCGACGACGACCACGACGAACCCGAACAUCACUCGCGACGCACCAUUCGGAACAUUUUCUCCCUGCACUCCUCCAACACUCCGAGGGAUUCCACCGGUCCUCUCGAGCGCCACCGUUCCUUAAGGAGAUCGUCGCCCGCCGCCGCUCGUCGAAACCGUCCUCUGUCCGUGGACACGACCAGCCCGGACAACCGCCCUCCAUUGACCUCCCGCUCGCGAGAGUAUGUGGUAGAGUCCCUCCGCACCACGCCUCAGUCUCCUAUGCCGCCGCAGGAUUUUAUCCCUUCGUCUCAGAACAAUUCCCGGCUGCCGCGUUCACCGCAUAUUCCUUCCAUUCAACGUUCCAACACCGACUCCUCCUUGGUGGUCGAGCCCCUCCCCCCUCCGACCACCAUACACCAGCCGUCGCCUAUCGAUCCGUCCAGAAAGCCCCCGCCCGAGCUGAUCCCCGGCCCGCCCCAGCAUCAGCAGCCGCAGCCGUCUCUGGACCCGUCCAGCGCUCGUCCGUCGUCGCGACAGUCUCUCGGACCCCCUUCCCCUCUACGUCCGCUCCCAAAUCACCCGCCAGACGCUCCGCAACAGGGCAUGUCGGAACGUCCGUCCACGGGACCUGCACCGGCUCCCCCUGCCAGUUCUGCCUUUGGGCAGUGCUCCUCCGACACAGGUCUCCGCAAUAACACUGCCGCCCAUGGGUCGUCGGAACCGGGUCGCAGCACCCCGACCUCGAACCACAGUCGAAGCCGCGACGAGGCUGAUCUUGAUAUGCGAACCUUGGUGCAGAAACAUGACGAGCUCCGUACGUUUUCUGUUGGCUCCCGCUCCGUCUCCUUUGGACCCGCGCAACUGACCCGAAUCUCUCUUUUCGCUUUCUUGCAGAGGCCAAGUAUUCCAAAGUGA